UAAUAAUAAGGUGAAUGAUAAGAGGAUGGAGAAUGUUGAAAGUAAAAAAAGUAAUGUAAAGGUUGGUUUGAUGAAAGGUGAUAAGAUAUUCAAAACUAAUGAUAAAAAAUAUGAAGAUUUAUCUAAUCCAGAUGAGAAAGUGAUCUUAAAAAUCCAAUCUACUGAUAAAACAUCCAAUUAUAAAAAUGGAAUAAUGAUUAUGUUUAAUAAUUCAAGAAGGGAUCAAAAGAAAAGUACUGAUAUUAAUGAAAGAGUCAAAAGUGCAAUAUCUAAAAUUGAAAAUAAUAAAAUAAUAGUGAAUUAUGUAAUGUUGAUUGGGUACAACUGA